CUUAAAAAAAAUAUUAAUGGCUAUAUAGCCAAAAAUGGCCUUACUCGGUGGACUGAUACAUAACUUCACAAUACCCGAGACACGAAGGCUUCAAAAAUAUACAUCAUAUAAAAUAACUUUGAUAUCUUUUCCAAAAAAUAGCCAUUUAUUUGGAUCUUUAGCUAAAAUUAGUGUCUGGAAAAGAUACAGUGACUUUAAAAAGCUAGAAGGAGACCUUUCGAGAACAUAUAAAAGUUAUAAUUUGAAAACUUUCUUCAAAUCUGAUAGCACUUUUUUCAAACGAUUCGAUCCAUCAAUUGUCGAACAACGUAAACAGACCAUUCUCGAGUUUCUAUAUUAUUGUGCAGAAAAUCCAGUGAUUUAUCGAUCACAAUGUUUUGUAAAGUUUUUCGAAGACGGUAGUGGAUCACCAACAGAUGACAUUUACGACAUAACAAAAGAUAUUGAUGAUGAUACACUAAAUUCAUCUAUUGAGGACACUUCAUCAUGUGAUAUUUUAUCACAAAAUAAUUCUAUUGAAUUGGAAGACCCACCAGAGUCACAAGAAGUGACUGAUGAAGAUAACACAUUCGAACUUUUAAGCACUGCUAUUGAUUAUCUUUAUGAUGCCGCAAUGUGCUUCAGUCAAGCCGUUCAAGAAGAAGCCAAUUUAAGAUAUAAACCAGCUUUUGAACUCUAUAAGAUUGGAAUUGACAAAUUAUUAACUGGAGCAAAGAAUGAUACAAAUGAAAGACGAAAACGAAUUGCAAAAACAAAAGCUGGAAAAUAUUUAGAAAGAGCUGAAUCACUUUACGAAAAUCAUAUAGCUCAACUUCAAGAUGAAAUAUUUGUCAUUGAAGAUUCAGUGACUGAAGAUACUGCACCUAGUGUUUUAGCAUUAGAACGACCAAUGAACAAUUUAUCUCGUUUUAAAGUCGUUGGUAUCAACAACUUUAUAAUGAAAGUUCAAGACUGCACUGAUAAAAAAUUUUACGUCCUAAAAAACGUUUACAAAGAUUCAAGCUUCUCUAUUUUAUUACCGCAAUCGAUUCCUUUCAUGAUCAAACUUAUUAGUUAUUAUCGAACUGAGAAUUCUGUUUUCCUUCUUCUCCCACUUCUGUCCGGUGGUCUUCUGUGGGAUUACAUAAAUAGUUAUAGAAGCAAUGACGAUAAUAAAUCGAUCAAUAUUGAAGAAAUUUUUGUUGAACCUCCUGUUGUUGCUUUACAAGAACCUGAAAAUCCAUUUGAACAAUCUCAAGAUGUCAUUGAAAUAUCUGAAGAAAUUAUUGAUGUAGAAGCGGAAGAAGUGACAGAAGAUAAUCUCUUAGAAGCCAUUGAUUUAUAUAAUAAUGAAACUCCUGCCAUUCCAUCUUUUGAUACUUUAUCCUCUGAAAUGGAUAUAAAUGAUCUCAUGAGUUGUAGUCAAAAACUGUUAGAAUCAGUAUCUAAAACAUUAGAAAAAUCACAAAUCUUAGCCAAAGAAAAGACACAAAAAAGUUCUUCAAAUGAAAAAUUAUCGGAAUUGGUUGUUGAAAAACAAGAAAAUAUGGAAAUUAACGAGAAAGUCAUUGAAGAGACUUCGAAAAAAAUUGAACCAGUUGAAGUAAGAAAAGAAAUUGUUCAAUUACCAGAACAUGUUCUUAGACAGUGGAUAAGUGAAAUUAUUGUAGCUGUUCAUAAUCUCCAUAAGGCUGGCAUCAUUUGUGGUGAUUUAAACCUUGAUAAUUUACUGCUUGGGCCUCAAGGACAUGUCACUUUGACUUACUUUUGUCAAGCUCCCCGAAGUGACUAUCAUGAUCUCUGUCGUUUAAAUCCAAAAGCCAUAAGAUGUCUUUAUGUUGCAUUUGACUUCCCCAUCACACAAAUUUCUGAUUGGUAUAGUGUCGGCGUUAUAAUUUAUGAACUUAUGACGAGAGAACGUUUCUAUUUAAAUCAUCCAAAAGGAAUCUCGCGUUUUAAUGAGAUUCAAUAUUCAGAUCCUGAUUGCUCAACUAUGAACGUUUUAUCUUUACGAAUAAAUGUAAAGACAGAUGACCGUGAAACUUCAAAAGCUUCUAAGGAUUUAUUUACAUUGGAAAUUGAAGACUUUUGGAACGAAGAAUACAAAAUGAAUCUGAAAGCUAUCAAUGAAUCAACUGUUACAGAAUUUCAGCUGAAAGAGUUUAGAAAAUUUGUGAAAUUAAUUUCGCCUGAGAAUCCGGAAAGUGGAAAAAUUGCUGCAAAACUCGUAAAGUUUUAUUUUGACGAGAAAGUUAAACAUCCAGCUAAAAGCACAAUUCAAAGUUGCUUCAAUCAGUCAUCAGAACAGAAUUUGUUGAUUUUCUCUUUCAAACAAGAAAUAAUUCAACGAGUUUCACAGUUAAAUCCUUCAUCAACCGAAGAAAGCUUUCAGUUCAUCAGUUGUCUCAAUGAAGCAUCACAAAAUUUUAAUCCUGCCAUUUGUGCAAUGAAACAAUCUUUAAAUGAAAUCAUUCCGUUUAUAAAGAAUUUAAUUCAUAUUUAUGAGCAACAACUUCAAACUGGACUUUCACCUGCACAAAAGAAUGAAAUAUCACAGCAACUUCACAGUUCUCUUCAAUUAAUAAUAUUUUGUGUGAAAAUAACUGCAAUAGAAUCAGAGUCGGAGCUGCUGAAAGAAAAUCUAAAGGAAAUUGUAAUUAAAAGCAACGAACUUCUAGAAAAUGUUGACAUUCCAAUGGAUACCAAGAACAACUGUGCAUUGCUCAUAGUGCUACAUUCAAAAGUUACAGGGGAUACAAAAUAUAUUGACUGGUUGAAAGAUAGCAACAACAGUGAUGCUAAAAGACUUUGUCUUAUCUUUGGUGUUGUUAACACAUUAAAUCCAGAAAACUUAAGCAAUUAUUUAAAUUUUCUCGCUGAGAUUUCUAAGAUUUUAGAAAAUAUUUUUCUCAAAUCAUCAAUCGAUCCUUCUUCAAUGCUUUCAAUUUGCCGAUCAUUUACUCAAGUGACAAAGAAACUUCUAUCAUUGAAAGCAAUUGAUUAUUCAGAACCAGCAUUAAAAACAAUUACAUUAACAGCACUUUCAGUAUCUUUCCUGAAUUUAGAACAUCACAUGGAUAGUGUUCGUCACAUGUCCAAAGACAUUUUAAAGAAUAUCGCGGAAAUUGGCAGAAAAUCUUCAAGCUCAAGUUUCUUAAUCGAUAAAAUUUUCGAUGAAAUCAGUCAAAUUCAAACAAUUAGCUUGAAAAGCAUCGUCAUUCAAACACUUUCACCGAUAUUAACAUCAGAAGUUAUUUUUAAGAAGAUGAGAAAUUCAGAAUUUGAUGAUGAGCUUCUUAAAGCCAUCAGUGACAAUACAGAAACUAAUCAUAAUAUUGUUAACUGUUUUGAAUCGUUGGUACGAAAUGCAGAACAUAAAAAAGCUGAAAAAUUGAUAAGAAAAGCUGUUGACUUCAUGAAGAUUACAGAAACAGAUGGUGAACUUUAUGCCGUACUUGAGAAACUUUUACUUAAACUUGUGAGUAGAAAUGAAGAAAUUCUUAAAGAAAUAAUGUCAUUCGAUGACUUGGACGAUGGAUUUCGUUUCCAAUGUUUAGCAGUUGGCAAGAAAACAGGAAUUUACGAAAAUAAAAUAACAACAAUUGAGAAAUGGAAAGGAAUUAUAAGUUUUGAUGAAAUAAAAGCAGCAAUGUUUAAUGCUGAUGACAGUGUAAGAACUUCAGCAUUAUCAUUAAUCAUUGAAACGAGAAAAGUCACAGAAAUCUUCACUGAACAAGAAUUUGAAUGCAUUUCAUUCUUUCUUUUACACAACAUAAAUGUUCAAAGUCCAUCAACACGCCAAAUCAUUCAAGGCUUGAUUAAAAACAUUUUCGUGAGGAUAAAUUGUGCUUUGAAGGUUUUCAUUCGAAAGAAAAUGAAGGAAAUGUUGAUUAACUAUCAAAAGUUCUUGUUGAGCCUUCAAGAAUUUUGUUUGGAUAAUUUAUUCGAAGGUGCAAAUUUUACGAGACGAACUUUAAGUCUGAGAAUUCUCUUUUAUGUUAUGGAAUCUUUCGCUGAACAUUUUCCAGAUAAGUUAUCAGACAUUUGGAAUCGUGAGAAGUUUGAUGUUUUGAUGAAUGUCUCAAAAGAUAGUUAUGAAGCUAAUAAAGCAAUCAUGAUUGAAAUCGUCAAUUUUAUUCCUAAAGAAGUCACUCGAGAACUCAUUUCAAUGAACUUGAAUGAAUUGAAGUCGCUUGUAGUGUCAAUAAAGCCUCCAGACAGUUUAACUGCUUCAUAUUUGGUCGAAUUUUCAACGAAAUUCAUCUUCAACUUUGAACUUUUUCCAUCAUUUAAUAGCUCCGAGAUUUUUCCUGAAGCUUUUGUCAUGCUGUCAUGGCUUGAAAACAUUAUAAAUGAAGGCUUAGAAGUUGGUGAAAAAUCUUUGAUCGUUGCUUCAAGCACAAAUCCACUUUACGGUGUCGUUCUUUGCAUUCGUCAUUUGUUGUCAAAAUUAGAUUUAAAUGAAAUGGGAUUGUGUAAUCUUUGGCGAGGUUAUUUCAAACGACUUUUGGUUCUGACUAAACGAUUGACUUUAGUUGUCGCACCAGUUGUGAAUAAUUCAUCACCAGAAGGAAUUUUACCGAAAGAUGAAGUUGAAGAUGUUGAAGAUGAAAAUAUAAAGAAGAAAUGGAGCGAAAUUAUUUCGAAUACAACACCACAAAUCAUUCUUUUGUGUUCAUGGCGAACGAUUAAGGAAGUUUCUCUUCUUCUUGGUGAUAUUUGCUUGAGAGUUCCAUUGAUGACAAACAAUGUUGGAUUGUUAGACGUGGAACAAUUUCUGACAAUUGGUGAUCACUUUCUCGAGCUUUUAUCCAAGACGAAACAUCGUGGAGCUUUCGAGCAAUGCUUCUUUGGAUUUUCCCAACUUUGUAUGAGAUUGUGGACUUGCAAAGAACCGGAACUUCACAGACUUCCAUCAGUGAUGCUUCAUCAAAUGAUGAAAUCAAUUUCCGGUCACGAUAAAGAAAAUAACGAACUUUUAUCGAUGAAAAAUUUGUGUGCGACAAGACGAAGUGCUGGUUUACCUUUCAUGAUUCAAGCGCUCAUAACAUCCGAACUUAAAGUAUCAACAAAUAAAAACUUUCAUUUUGUGAUGAAAAAUUUAUUCGACUUUUGUCGUAAUGGUGAACAUUUAGAGACGAGAACUCAUUCGUUGAAUAUUCUGCGUGCAUUGUUUCGAUGUAGUGACUUAAAUGAAGCGAUUGGCGAAUACAUCGCUGAUGGAGUUAAAUGUUCAAUCUUAGGAUAUGGCGCAGAGUCGUGGGUGGAAAGAAAUUCAUCAACUCUUCUAUUUUCUGCGGUUAUGGUGAGAAUUUUCGGUGUUCAAAGGACGAGAGACAGUGAAGAACUGAACAUAAGAAAUAAAAUGACUGGAAGAAUUUUCUUCUUAAGAUAUCCCGAACUUUAUGAUUUCUUCAUGGAACAACUAAUCGAAGCUUCCAAAUGUGUUCAACGUGUUGGAAUGAAUGUUAAAUUACAUCCAUUAAUGUUGCUAUUAAUUCGACUUUAUUCAUCAAGUCUCGAAGGAAGUGAAUCCAAUUUAAAGCUAACUGGAUUCAUUCCAGUCGUUACUUUAUGUUCAAGUUGUAUUGAAAUGCAGACACGAGUACUUUGUGCCAAAUUUAUUGCUAACGUUUCACCACCUGAUUUGAUUGUUUCAAGAAUAACGCAGUCAGUAGAAAUCCUUUAUGAGAAUGAGAAAAUUCCAUCAAAUAUCGAACAUGGAAUUCUUUUACAAAUUUUUUACUUGACAAAGAGACUUCCAGAAGCAUCGCUGAGUUCAAAGUCAAAUAAAAUAAAAAUUUUAAAAGAUAUUUGUUCACUUUCUCAUCGAUAUCGUGAGAAGAUUGUUUGCUACGGAACAUUCUUAGACAUCGUCAUAGAAAUUUUAUUAAAACUUCAAUCGGAUGAUAUUGAAAUUUCUGAGUUUACUGAUAAAUUUAUCAGCAACUUUAAACCUUCAGGAAUUAUUGGACUUCCAGUCAUACCAAAGAAAGUAUUUCUAUUAAAGUUAAUGAAAUAUUUCUUCACUGAGUCAUUUCAUGAUCUCGAGAUUGUUGUUAAAGAUUUACAUAAAGAAAAUUCUUAUUUGGAUUCGUUUUUAAAUCUCUUGCUUAUGCUGACAGAUUUCAAUUAUGCGACGAGCAUGAAAGAAGAAUAUGAAAUAAACGAGACAGAAAUUCGUGUUCUUCAAAAGCUUGGAGAUGAAAAGAUUCAAGAUUUGAGAAAAAAGUUCUUGAACAUUACAAAUCUUUCUGCUUUUCUGGAAUUUAAUCGGAAAAAAGUUUUUGAUUUGAUUAGUUUGAGAUUUGAAUAUCAAGAUGAUUAUCAACACUUGGAAGCAGUUCAAGAUCUUAUCAAAAGUGCGAGAACUUUACCAGAACAUUUGAAGAAAUCGUCACUGAAUUUAGCGAAUUCUGUUUUGAUAAAAAAUCUGAAAUUUCUUCCGUUCAUCGAUUUUUCAUUUCUUGUUGAGAUUUCCACUGACUCAUCGAUGUUUGUAAAAUGGUCGGCAUCAAAUUUCGUCGAGACGCUUGCGGAGAACUUGUCGGAAAUUGAUUCACUUGACACUCUUUUACAGUUUUCACAAAGUCUUUUAUUGCUUUUAAUGGAUGAUGAAAGCGAGAUUCGAACAAGAAAUAUGAAAAUUGUGAUGAAAAUGAUUGAAUCUCAAUCAUCGAGACAUGUCAUCCCUUCCUAUGCUCAAGAGCUUUUCAUUGAACAUUUAAGUGAAUUAUUGCAGAACUUUGAUCGUCAUGAAAUUUUGGCUCUGAUUUUAUUAAUAGCCAUUGAUGGGUUGAGUGGAGACAACAGUUUAGACGACAACAUUGCAGAAUAUCGAGUUUUUGACAAGAACGAAGUGAACAUUUUCAGUGAAACUUAUAUCAUCAAGAAAAUCUGUUUGAGAAAAUUAAAAGAAAAACUUUUGUCUGAAAAUGUAGAAGUUGAAACUCAAAUUUCAAAGAUUAUCAAAGCGACAAAGAAAUUCAAAAUUAAUGUGAACGAAGCUGUAAUGCAAGAUUUAAUGACUGAUUUAAUUCAAUUGACAUAACGCCUUUUUUUGAGAGCAAUUUAACAUUUUUUAUUCAUUUUCUUUCAUCAUAUUUGUUAAUCCUUAACGAGAUUUAAACUUGGAUGUUUCAUCAAUAAUAAAAGAGCGAAUUUUUCUUUUUAAAUUUUAGUAUGUUUUCUUUAUAUAAGUUGUUAAACGAUUUCAAGUUCAUCAUGUAUGUGUAAGAUGAGAAUUGUUGAAGUGUAGUGUAGUGAUAAUGGAAUCAAGAUGCUGUUACAGGAAAAGUAUUUAUGAAGGUUUGAGAGAGAAAGCGGUACAUAGAUUGAUACACAAGUAACUAAUAAAAUGCACUAAAUUGCCUUUUAUCAACGCUAUCGAAAAACAUUUUUUUCUUUGUUACUUUAACUCAUGCCAAUUAAGUAAUAUUGCUUUAUUGUAAACGGGAGUUUCAUUCUUAUUUUUUCUUCAUUUCCUCUUGAAAGAUUAUUUUAAAUGUUGCUUCAUUUCUGAUUCCUUUCACUUCUUUUUCUUCACAAUUUAAAUAGAUUUUUUUCUUAAUUUCAUUCUUUUUUCUUGUUAAUAAUCAUCAUCAAAUACUACUUUAAGGGCUUUUCCUUCGAUUAAUAGCAACGUCACUGCUUUAGUUUUUAUGAUAUUUUUGUUUUGACACAUUGAUAGCUUUAAAUCAUGUUUGGCAUUCAUCAAAAGAUUUUCAAGCGACUUUUUGCAUUAAUGUGACGCACUAAGCGAACUGUGCCCGAAUCAUAUCUUUGUGUUUUUUGGCUAUAAACAGUAAGGCAAGCAUUAGUUGGAUAAAAGAAAUUAACAAUGACAUUCGAAUGAAAUAUUUUCAAAACGCAAGAAAAUAUUUUACGACGUGUCAACAUAAUUUAGUUUGAGAAUAAAUAAAGGAAUAAAAAAAGUUUCCUAAGUGAGAAAUGUUAGAAGAAACUCGGUUAACUAAAUGGUAUCAUCACAACUUUGUUUUUCAUACUUUUAACUAUAGCAGAGCAUCAAUUUUAUGCUUCUUAUGCUUUUUGAGAGGUUUUUGUUUUAUUUUAAUCAAUUAAUAACGUGAUUAAUCUUUCUAUUCAAUGAAUUCUCAAGUAAGUUUCUGCAACAUUUAUGAAAAAUAAAAUUUUCAUUAUAUCUUAUGUUAAAAAUGUCUCUAGUUAGAAGAUUUAUUAAUUUAUCUUUUUUAUGCAGAUAACUUCUUGAGAGAUUGAAAAUGCUUUGAGAAAAUUUUUUUCAAGCGUUGUU